AGCAGGUCUGGAAGUGCAGAGAGGAGGCAGGGAAACGCUGCUGGAGCGGGGAAUGAUGGCGGUGAGCUAGAAUAAGGAACAAGUUUUAUACUGUAAAACUGUGAUCUUGAGCCAUAAAUUCGGUGUCCAACACGAUGAACGAACUAGAUGACUUCGCUUGAGUUGAGAGCAGUGCUCCAGAAAACCUCCGCCGGACCCAUGGUUGCUUAAAGUCAUAUAGUAGUUCCCCAUCAAAGCCUCCAAGAAUCAUAGAAGCCGGUUUUAAGAUUUGUACGUCUGCCACCAGCAAGCAAGAUGAUUAAAGCUGAAAGCAAAGGAGGGGACAGGAGCUUAAGAAGCGCGUCCCCUCACAGAAAUGCAUACAAGUCUGACUUCCACGCUAUUAAGUGCUCCUUCGAUGGGCCAAAGUCCGAGUCUGAGUCUUCAUUUGCAAAUGGAUCCAAUGACGUCCGGGAAGACUCAAGAGGGAGGCCUUUUGGAACCAGAGUGAAUAAAAUAAAGAAUAUAUUUUUACAGAUGGAUGGUCAACAGCAGGAAGGCCAAGAAGGGAAAGUAACUUUGAAGUCUGAUGUUCCUGGGGAUAAAAUUCCCCAGGUUUCCCCACCGAAGAUGCAAUUUUCAGUCAACACUCACAGAGUUAACCUCAACAGUGCCGCAAGCCCAGAAUCACACAAUUUAGAUAAAACACCCAAGGGAGAAGAAGUUGAGAUUGACAAAGUGGCUUUGGCAGAGAAGUUUUCUGUGACCAGAAAACUAUUUGAAAGAGGCAUCAAAGAGCAGCCCGCAGCUGAAAAGCAGUCUCCAAACAGAGUAGUAAACCGUUUAUCGUUAGGAAGUGCAUCUGAUGACAAAAGCCCAAGGAGGGUAUCAGAAUUCUCAGAAACCACUAACAAAAAUGAACAAAGUCAUGGAUCAACAGUUAAAAGUCAUUCCGAUGACAUGGCUGAUGGUGAAAAAAGACACUCAUCUAGAGUGUCACUGAAUGCAGGGCCCAUGUCAAGGAGACUGGAAAAUUUUAUGGUUGACAAUGACUCAGAAGACAACACAUCUGCUGGGAAGAUAGGAAUGGUGUCUGCUAUACAACAUAGUACUAUUGAACAUAUACAGCCUACCUCUCCAGCACGGGAGACUUCAUCUAAACCUACUUCUGUAAAAGACUCCGCUGACUCUUCAGUCGUAACUAAUGUCACCAACAAAAGUAAAGACAGCAAAUCUGUAUCUGUGGGGUCAAGUUUUGGGCUUAAGCCAACAUUCCAAGCACCCAAAUCCGUUUCCUUGACAAACGAUGCCAUGCACAAACCCCUCUCACCAGAGGAAAUUACCCCAGUAAGCCGUGGCUACAAGUAUUCCUCAUCUGUUGAUGGAUUUAAUCGUACAUCUGUUGGUGGGGAUGGAGGCAAACCAUGUAGUCCAUCCCCAAUGGAUAUGAAACAGCCUUUUCCAUCAGCUGGUGGCUUUCAGAGUGCCAACAGGGCCAAAUACCCUGAAAAAGCCAGCAAUAAUGACAAUGUAAUACGUAGCCAUGCUGGAGACAAACAACCCAGCCAGACUUCAUCAUUGGACUCCAAAGGGGCUGGUAUGGUACGGGCUGAACUGGUCGUGGUUCAGAAUGAGUCCUCAGAAAGUGAGGAGAAUGAGGGUGAAAACAAUGAAGACGAGGUGUUUGAAAAACAAAAAGAGAACCACCAACAUGUCCUGAAAGGAGCUUUUCCACCAGAAAAACAGAGCUUUAACCCAGCUCAUCAGGUCACAUCACUAGAGACCAAAAAGGCAGCACAAAGGAUAACAGACACCGUGGAUGAAGGAAGAUUCCUGGAGGAAAAAAAUGAAUUUUUAUUAAAAGAAGAGAGAAGUGAAGAAGAUUUAGUUACAAGUCCAGAUGGUGAAGAUACUUAUGGUGAAGAUGAUGAGACAGCAGAGGAGGAGGGUACGCUAGAGGAGCAGGUGGAUCAGAGCAUUCUGGAUAGAGCCUCUCCAGUAGUGUACGGUAUUGAGAAUGCAGCAUUUGUGGAUGACAGAGAUGUAGACCAGGUCCUUAGGGAAGAGGAGGAGGUAGAGGACGAUGAAGAGGAUCAAAUGUAUAAUGAAUAUGAUGACUCCUAUGAGGCCCCUGGUCUGUCAGAUGAGGAUGAACCUCCCCCAAAGAGGAAAAUCAAGUUCUCCACAGAUCCCAUUUUGGUGUUCAGCACCUUCUCCAAUGAAGAAUAUGAUCGGCGCAAUGAUGAUGUUGACCCAGUUGCAGCAUCAGCAGAAUAUGAACUGGAGAAGAGAGUGGAGAAGAUGGAUGUGUUUCCUGUGGAGAUUGAAAAGGGGGACAAUGGACUUGGUAUCAGUAUCAUAGGAAUGGGAGUGGGAGCUGACCAGGGUCUGGAAAAGCUUGGUAUUUUUGUCAAAACUAUAACAGAGCAAGGAGCAGCUGAGAAAGAUGGACGGAUACAGGUGAAUGACCAGAUAGUGGAGGUGGACGGUAUCAGUCUGGUGGGAGUCACCCAACUCUUUGCUGCAACAGUUCUGAAGAACACCAAAGGCACAGUGAGAUUCCUGAUUGGUCGGGAGAAGCCUGGAACUCAGAGUGAGGUAGCCCGCCUCAUAAGCGAGACACUAGAGCAAGAAAAGAACCAACAGCAGCAACAACACCUGGAUGACGAACACUCCACAGAGGAGGAGGAGCGGUAUGAGGAGGAGGACAAAGUUGAAGAAAGGAUACUGGGUUCCAAUUUCUCUCCAGGUCGGAAUGUCGAGGUGUUUGAGCUGCCUGACUCAGAGACCUUGUUCAUGCCAGCCAACAUGAAUAGCUCUCAGAUGGCAUUCAAGUUCAAAGAGCUGCAGCUCAAGCAUAGCAUUGCCAUAGCAGAAAUUAAUCAGCUAAAGGAAAAGCUAAGGGAAUCAGAGGAGGAAAAAUCGUUGUGGGAAGACAGGGAAUCUGCACUGGAGCAAAAAAUGAAUGACAGCAAUGACAAAAUCUCAAAGUUGGAGAAUUUCUGGCUGGAAGCCCAGGCUGUGUGUAAGACUGCAAAUGAACAAUUAUCUGAGACUCAGGCUCAAUAUGAGAACCUGGACAAGAAGUACAACAAGGCCAAGAAACUGCUCAAGGAGUACCAGCAAAAAGAGAUAGACUUUGUGAAGAAAGAGGAGGAACUGAAAAAAAUUCUAGAUGAAAAAGACAAGUGGUACAAGGAGCAGCUGGAGAGCUUACAAAACAGGAUAGCUGCUCUGGAGUCCGGGGGUACUCCAGUUCUGGAAUUUCAGAGUGGUCAGGACUCUGCUACAGAAGAGAGACUUAGCAGCCAUGACUCAGUCACCAACACACUGUCUGUUGACUCACUGCUAGAGCAAGAUUGGAAUGAGUUGGUACCUAAAACAAAGCGUUUGGACACCAGUGCCCACAGAGCGAAGGGCCAGCUGGCCCAGAAAGCCAAACGCCAGCCUCCAUCCCGGAACAAACUGAAAGAGAGCCUUGCUGUGACUAAAAGUCACUCACAGGAAACUGAAGAAGAGGACGAGCAGGAGGAACAGGAAUCUGUCAGGAGGCGGAGGUCUAUCCAGGAAAGCUUGUCCCUCCCAGUCCCUACUUGCUAUCCAGAGAAUGAACAGAAAGAUGAUCCAGGGGAGACUAGAGGUGUUUCUAGAACUAAGGCAGAGGUUUCCAGUAGCCCAUCUUUGUCACCAUCACAAGGAGAAAGUGUUGAAAACAGCGGUAGUCCUCCUUUGUCCCCUUCAAAACACAGUUCCUCUCCACAUUCUCCCUCUGCUUUAAUGCGGAGUGUCAAGAAGAGGGAGUCCAAAGGCAAGGGAAAAGAGCUCAAAGAGGAGUUAAGUGAAGCUUCUUCAGCUGGAAAACCUAAAAGACGAUUUCCAGACUUUGGGGGCCUCCGAAAGUCAGGAGGAAAAGGCAAAAAAACAGACAAGGAGGCAAUGAGAGCGUCUUUAGACAGCAGAGGAUCUGCUGAGUUACUAGAGGAAUCUGGAGGUAACCUGUCUCCUGCAGACUCAAUGUCCUCCAUCCCUACCUGUAUGCCGUUCUCCUGGUUUGGAGACAAAGAGAGGGAUAGAGACAGAGAGCCUUCCUCUUCCAGCAGUAGCCUGCCUUACACAGCAAAUGAGACUGGUAGUGAACAAAGCCAAGAUCGCAAAAAUAAGACAAAUCUUUCCUGGUCUUCUUUUUUCAGUCGUUCAUUAGAUUUGAGUUUUUCAGUCAUAGAUGAUUCUAACCCUGCCAGUCCCAGUUCAGAGAUCUCUGGGUUAGUUGCUGAACCCAAUCUGUCUGGGCGCUCACACACUUUAAUCUUCUCUUCCUGUGAGACUUUAGAUGAUGACCCAGCAACCACAGGAAAAGAAUAUCAGUGGCAGAACAGGCCAGUUUCUGAGUGGACCAAUCAGCAGGUCUGUCACUGGUUAAUGGGUAUGAACAUGGACCAAUACACACCUGAAUUCACAGCCAAGGGAGUGGAUGGCGAGCAGCUCCUGCUCCUGGACAGUGACAAGUUGAAGGCACUUGGUGUAUCAAGUCAAAGUCACCGUUCAGCAAUAAAGAAGAAGCUGAAAGAUAUGCGGAAGGCCCAGGAGAAGCUGGAGAAACAGCGAGAGAAAAAAGAGAAAGAAGGUCGACGCAGUGGGAGACUGCCCGUCACAACCGACUCCGUCUGCUGAGGUAUCGGCUCUGUACUUUCAAUUAAGGCAUCCCAUAGAGUUCAUCACCACACAGGACUCUGAGAAACAUUAUUGCAACCUGGUUUCAUGGUGUUCGUUUCAGGAGGUUGCACUUUCUCCUUAAACCUGCUGGUCAGCUGGGACCUCCUCGUGCAGCUUGUCUCAUGAUGCGUUCAGCUUCUUUUUAUAGUCCAAAGACAAUUUUUAAAUUGGCCAUAGGUCUGAAUUUGAACAUGAAUGAUUUUUCCAUCUCUGUUGGACUGGCUCCCUUUCCAGUUUGAUCUGGGAUUAGUUCCUGUGCCCCUCCACGGGUUAAACUUUGUACAGUUGAUGAAUUGACUGUUGUCUCACAUUGCUGAUGUCGAAGACUGCAGAAUAUGUCUGUCUGAUUUAUGUUCACGUUGUAAUUUUUUUUUAUUUCAAAACAUUAACUUAGCUUGAACCAUUUUAACUAAAAUGGGGAAUGUAAAAUUAGGUAUGGGAACAAAAUGAAUAUUCUAACAUAAUUGCCACUAAAAAGCUAGAAGCUAUGAUCAUGAAAGUCUGUAUUCAGAUAUAUUUUAGUUCUUGCAGAUUAUGCACAUAUUUACUUAUGGAAGUCAAAUGUAUACUGCCUUUUUUUUUUUUUUUACAUUUUAUAUUUUUUGCUGAAAUAUGCCUGAUUCCCUGUUCAGCUCUUUGCAGGAAGUUACUGUACAGUUCAGAAUAAAAGCACUAUAUUUGUCUUUUAAUCUUCAAUGGGCAACAGGUUUUAAAUGUAUAAAUAAGUUUUAUACAUGUGCCUGCUAACUAUCUUUUUUUUUUAAUUCCAUUUAUUUUAUACUAUCUAAAUUUUUCUACUAAGUAGAAUAGCUAGGCCAUUGAUUCUUGCUAAAAGGGCAACAAGUAGGGACCAGGUGACCGCAGCUGCGCUGUCGCCUACUCAAACUAUCGCUGAGAUGGUACCACGAUGCGCUACUUAAAUACACUAGCAUGUGUACCUCGCUGGUCCUUUUGAAGGUAGGAUGAGCAUAUGACAAGGUCUUGUGUGUUGGGAGCUGUGUCAUGUAUGAAUGGGAACUGAACAUUGAAAGUUCACGACCAAACUGAAAUUAUUUCUUUCUUAAGCAUGUUCUGUACACAAUAUGACAUGUAGGACCGCUAGAAAACUUUUCUGAAUCGCAAGUAUACAAGUAAUUCUUGGUACAAACAGCAUCAAUAAACUAAUUUUCCCCUAA